CUUUGCCGUGUAUCUAUAUAUUUUCUCAAAUAUCCAUUAUAUUUAUUAUUUAACUUAUGGAAGCUGAACGUAUUCGUGAAGGUGUGAAAUUGAUGCAAGAAGGAGAAAAAGCGUCAACCAAAGGACUUUUUAGAAAACCAGAUUGGGAUCUCGCUGCAAGUUGUUUUGAACGAGCAGCCACUUCUUUCAAGAUUGCACGUUCAUACGAUCAAGCUGUUCAAGCAUUUACCAAAACAUCUGAAGCAUAUUUCAAAGCUGAUGGUAUUCAUCUUGCAGGUAAAGCUAUGGAGAAUGCUGGGUUCCUCUUGGCACAAAACUUGAACCAGCCCCAACGAGCAGCUGAAGCAUACAAACAAGCAAGUGAUCUAUUUAUGGCAGACGGGAAAAUGGACCGAGCAGCUGAACAAUUAGAAAAGGCAGCAAGAUCUAUGGAAAACAUUGAUGUGAAUGCGGCUAUUGAACUUUAUAGUGCUGCUUGUUCACUUUUUGAACAAGAAGACCGUGGUCGGUUUGCUCAAGAAAUCUUCAAAAAGGCUAUUUCCUUGUCCGUCAGAAGCAGAAAAUAUGCCAAAGCUAUUGAACUUAUCCAUCGUCAAUCUACUGUGCUUCAAAAAUUAGCAAGUCGGACUCAUCUUUACAAAGCCAAUCUUAGUCUUUUGAUUAUCUUGUUUGCUCUUGGUGAUGAAGUGGAAGCUGGAAAACAAUUCAAUGCUAUGUGUGGAAAUGAUGCAGGAUUUGCUCAAAGUGAAGAAGCGGAUAUUGGGCAAAGUUUGUUACAAGCAUAUGACGAAUUGGAUCAACCACUGUUGGAAAAAACUGUUCGACGACAACAAGUGACAUUUUUGGAUAAUGAAGUUGCCAAACUUUCUAGAACUCUAACUGUUCCUGGUGAAAGUCUCUCUACUCAACCUCCAACUUCUUAUCGUGGCCCACCUUCUUCAAAUCAUCAAGCUUAUCAAUACAAUAACAAACCUCCUCCAUCAUCAUCAUCUGCAGUUUAUGGAAUUACAUCUGAUCCAUAUGAUCGACAUUCACCAAAUCAUCCAUCUUCAGCACCACCCUCGUCAUUACCCCCACCACCUCAAUACUCUGGACCACAACAAGGUUACCCACCAGAAAAACAACAAGGAUAUCCAUCAGAAAAACAACAUCCACCAGUGACAGAUAUUGAUUUAGACGAAGAAUUUGCUCGAUUGAAUACAAAUCCUUCACCAUAUCAACCACCAAAACAUAAUCAAGGACAUACUCCUCCUCCUCCUGCUUUUCCACAACAUGACGAUGAUGAUGAAGAUGAUCUCCGAUAAAUCAGAAAAUACGGUGUGGAAAAAAAAAUGUGGGGCCCUCGGUAAGACAUUUAAUAAUUGUCCGCUGGUUUUAGUUUUAAUAUUUUUGUGUAGUUACAUAUAUAUAUUUAUAUUUAUAUUGAUUCACAAUAAAAAAAAAUUGAACUUUUCUUUUUA